AUGUCUGAAUUUGUGUACGCGAAGUUACACGAAAUCAAUCAGUUAAAUCAUCCGCGCAGUUUGCAAAUAUUAUCAUUAUCACUAAUCAUGGUAGCGAUUCAUGAAAUCCUUAAAAAGCUUAUCAUUGAGGCCAUAAGAACAGCAAAGGUGCAAGGUGGAUGGAAGGUUGUGGUGGUAGAUGAACCUGCACAAAAAAUUUUAGAUUCGGCCUGUAAGACGUUUGACAUUCUCGAAGAGAAAGUUACCUUGGUAGAGCAGCUCGAGAAAACUCGUCAAACUUAUCCUCUUGAGGCUGUAUACAUUAUUACUCCUUUGACAGAAUCGAUUUCUAAAGUGAUUGAGGAUUUUACUAAGAAUCCACCUUUGUAUACUGGAGCGCAUGUGUUUCUUACUUCGCCCCCUGAGCGUUCGGACUAUGAUAGGUUAACGAAAUUAAUUCCUAAGGACUACUUAAAAGACUAUAAAGAGCUUUUUAUUGAAUUUCAUG